AUGGUACUCGCGACUCGAAAGCGAACUCCGCCGGUUGACUCCAUUUUUAGACCUGGACUGCGCGUGCGCACUGAGCCCGCUGCCAGUGCCCGACGAGCUGCCAUGAGGCCGUGUCGCCCGCUACCACACCGUCUUCGCAAAGGAAUACUUUGGGACGUGACAUUGUCAGUGGUGAGAGUCGUAGCAAAAAAAGGGGAGCACAAAAAA